AUGAUUACUUUUUAAUUAUAAUAAGGAAGUCUUGAAAUAAAUCCUAAAAGAAUAGUUACUUUAGCACCAUUAAAGAAUAAAAAAUAGAAUGGAGACCAUAGAUACUAAAUAAAAUAAUAAAUUCUGGAAGAAGUAAAAAGAAGCAAAUAAUAAUAUUAAAAUGAAUUCAAUGACUUAUAAUAAAUCCAUUCAAUAUAAUACACAGAAAGAUUUGCAAGAAAGGAUUACUUAUUUUAUUAAAAGAAAGCUAAGUUUAAAUAAAAAGCCUUAUCUUGUUCAAAUAAUAAAUGUUCAUUUAUGUCUAUAAGUAAAGUAGCUGAUUUGCCACCAAUAUUAGAUUGGAGAAGAGAGAAUAAAAUACUAACACCAGAAUAUUCAGAAAAUGGUGAUUUUAUGAGUUAUGUAAGAAAAUAAGUUAUCAAAAAUGGUUAAAAAUCACUUGAUUGA